UUGAAAUUCAAUUUUGCAAAUUCAAGACUCGCAAGUAAGAAGUUACAUUUUGAGCAAUCUAUCAUAUUUUUAAGCAGUUGUAAAAUCCACCAAGGUAUAACAAGUAGAACAACAAAGAGCACACAGCAUUCAUAGUUGAAAUCCACAUCACAAAAACGUAAGUCAGCAGGUUCUCCACGUCUCAAUCUCAUUGUGCGUCGUCCUGGUGCAGUGUUGAGCGAGGACCGCACAGCGUCGCGACCACACGACGAAGACAUAAUGGAGGCCGACACAAAAGUUCCUCUCAACGAGGACGACGUCCCUCGCCUUCCAACCGUCCACGAGAAGAUGGAGGAGAUCCUUUCUCCUAUGGAUCAGGUUGUUCUAGCUGGUUUUCCGCAAGAAGAAGUAGUAGAUGCGCGUUUGCUGCAGAUGGAACGCUUUCUAGCGGAGUGUGGACCAGAGGCGCUCGCUCCUUUUCGACAACAGUGCGAGGAGCUGAUGCUCUAUGAUCAGCGUGACUUCUGCGGUACUUCUAGUACUUCUAGCACGUUGGGACGAGGAGAUGGAGAAGAUGAAGAAGGUCGUGGAGAUGUAGAUCCAAACAUCAAGGAUGUCUUGGGCUUGCUCGUAAAAGGUGACUCAGCGUUUUAAGGCUACAGAGACGAAAUAUGAAGAUUCACCAUGGUUUCUUGAUCGUUGGUGUAUUUCCUAAAUAUCAGACAAGAAGAAACUAUUCGGAUUUCCUACAUAUCAUGAAUUAUUUUUGGCCAUAUUUAUUAGAACAAGUUCUAAAUCUUGGUAGGCAAAUGCGCUGACAUAAGAGGAGUUUCGAAGCGCCAGCUUCGAGGAUUGUAUGAGGAGGCAGAGGACCAGAAGAAGGAAAACUCCGAAAAAAAGAAGCAUUCGACUACGUUGAUGUUAAGGCUUUCAUGAUCUACAUCUAUCUUCGAGAAAAAGUGGUGCGGAUCAUUCUUGAUGUAGUUUGUUCAUCAUCUCAGUUUAUUGUUAUUCAGGAGCCUGCUCCAGGGACAAAAUCAUGAACUACAUGUAAUACCUGCUCAUUCGAAAAAUGAAAAGAAAUAGUUGAAAUUUUGCGCAUCUUGAGUCGGAAACUCUUUUUGCUUUCUUCAUUUCUGAUUUCUAAAAAAUCCGCUGCAGAACCAAGACAAGUCAGUACUAUCAACAGGCUGCAAGGGUGAUCAAGAAUACAAGGUGUGGGAACAAGGUGACCAGACGUUAGUCCAAAUUGAGAAACGUAAGGCUGCUCGCAAGCAUAGACUCCAAGAGCUGGAGGCAGAGGCGCGGAAACUUGGCCGCUCUUUUGACCGCACUUUGGCAAUCAAACAGAUCGACGAGGAAGAAAAAAAUGACAAAAAUUUUGGAGGUAUCUAUGUAUAAGUUUAAAGUUUAACUACCUCCCUGUUUUUCUAACUGUAACUACACUAUUUUACUAAAACUGUAAGGAUUAGGAUUACACUUUCUACAUGUAGUAGAUCAGCUUUUUCAUCACUCAAAACAAUCGAUCCGAUGACGCUGAAAUAAUAACAAUCUGAUGUCAACAAAGAGAAGACACAACAGGAUUCCCACAAACUACAGCUUCCUGGAGGCACGACAAAACUGUGAAAGUCGUGGAGAUGACUCGAGGGCAGAUGAAAAUGACGAUGCUCGCAGAAGGCGUGAUAGAAAAGCACAAUCUGAAGGCGGCUAAAGAGCUGCCUCGGCACCUUGCGGCCGAACAUGUUCUGGAAGAGUUGGAGAAGGAAGAGUUGGAGAAGGAAAUGCAAAUGCAGAACAAGGACAUGCAGUUGGAGGAGGAUCACAUGGAUGCUGUUGAGGGUGGAGGAGCUUCAGGAGUCGAGCAAGUGGCGAAGGGUCGUCGAGGCAGUACUUCUUCAAACAAGAAGAGAAUGAGCUGCUUUGAAAGUAGUCUGAUUUUGAACGUUACAACAGCGGCUAAGCAAAACAGAGUGGUGAAGACAGAACAAGGCAACGCGGUAGUUGGGGUCAAGGAAGAAACUACUUCUGCGGGUAAGAUUGUGGAUAGCGAUAUCGCCAGUGCCAGCAAGAACAUGAUGAACAGCAUGAUCAGUACAACUAAAGAGAAGGAUCAAAAUGUCGCAGAAGACGAAUCAGCUGUUGCCAAGAAGACAUCAACCACAGUAAAAGCAGAGCAAGUCGACGUGGAAAUGACAGAUGUGCACCAGACUUUCACUGAGAACAACAAGAACAAAGACCAGCAAGAACCACAUGUACAUGUUCCUGACAAGAAUAUUCAAGCUUCUGCUCUCCUCUCCGAACGGCAAGUAGUUGCCGCAGAAAGUACGACCGAACAACAAGUCAUCAGCACGAAGAAAUUGACGAUGCAAGCCUCAACUACUUUGCAACGCCCAGAGGGACUCGAUAUUGACGAACUGCUUCCAGAACUCUCACCGAAAGUCGCUGACGGAUUCGAUGACGAUCUGCUGCUCGAUCCUGCCUUGUCUCCGCAAAUGGCAGAGAAGAAGGCGAAGAUUAUGGGGUGUUGGUUUGGUUCUCUUGCUACUUUCUUACUUUUGUAAAAACAGUACUGCUGGACCUCCUGGACCUAGACAUUGUUUCUCCUGUAUAGGCUCUCACUUUUGUCCUCGUCUAAUACCCAAGCUGCAUCGGUGACAUUUGCCAAAGCGGCAGGAGGUGAGCCAGACGUAGCCGAUGACCCCCACCUUCGUGGUCCGGGAGAACAUGACAACACAAAGCUACCAGUGCUCCUCGGUGGUCCUAGUCCGGCACCCAAUACUAGUCGCGGACAAGAUGGUUCGCCACGGCCAGUGGUUGCUCGUAUGGGGGACCUGGGAUUUGCUGACUCUAUCGUACAAGCAGCAGAGAACAAGACCUCAAUUAAGGCAUACAACUAGGCAACCGAGAGAGCAUCCUCAACAACGCCAUCCUACUUGGCUUCUUUUCAGGGGAAAACGAAAAGGGGCACAAAGAGGAUGGUCUCAAGGAUGCGACGGCGGAGGCUCUAACUCAAAGACACUUGUAGAACACGUCGAUCCUGAAGUACUCUUAAGGGUAGGUUAAAGGUGCUUUUGUUAUCGUUUGUUAUGGCUCUCCUAAGGGGGACAGCCAUAACAAGCGGGAUAAAAGAACACCAAAAACCUAUCUCUAAUACUCCGUAAGAAAAAACUCCAGUCUCUCAACCAUCGUGCUUUUGAGUUGCUUCAAAAGAUGAAUGAUUCCCAUGAGAACUUCGAAAUCAAGCUAAAACGCAAAGCAGUUCGCAAUGUCUUGAUGGAGUUCAACUCGGAGUUGCGACAAGACUACAACACACUGCUGUUGGCACAAAUUUCGGAUCGGAUUUGCGAGAAAUAUCCGUUGCCAGAAGAUUGGGAUUUUAAGUUAAGUGUUGUAGUAUCUUUUUGGAUUUUUUUAAAUAGAAGUCUGUCGUUCUUGUAGUGCCACGCUCCUUCUGUUUGUAGUCUCUCGCUUUGAGGACUACGUACUUCUACUAGAAGUACUAGAAAAGUUCACUUCGCUACCUUCUUCAAUUACAUCAGCGACUUUAUUACAUACAAUUACAUUCAUCGGUCUUCAUGAUAAAGGUAAUAUCAUUGCCAUGAUUGAUUCCCACAUGCUGAUCCACUCCUACUUUUGUUGCCGCCUUUCAUUUCCCCAUCCUACACGCGAGGAGCGCGAAGCACGAUUGGCUACGUGUCAGCAUUGUCCGGAUGGAGCUAAUAUGCAGUUGAUACCGAAGGAUGCGCCUGAAGGACGAGCGUCGAAGACCAAGAAAACGAAGCGCGUAGUUAAAAGUCAGUUUCCCCUAUUGUUACGGCCAUACAUGAUAGAUCAUCUUCUACUAGAAUAUGAGCCCAUAGCCAAGCAGGAUGCUUGCAAAAGGAUGCCCAUGCCGUAGCUCUAAUACCGGACGCAAGGAAAGCUCAAAGCACCGCGCCCUGGGUUAGCGAUAAGCAAAGGCGCGACUUUGUUUGGGCACGUCUUCGAGGAAUGUUUAUGGAAUCGCAGUGGAAGAACAAGAAUUUCUUGAUGGAACGAAGUCGCAUCCGUAAACGCAGACAGGAAAUUCAAGAACAGGAACCUCUCGUAAACCACUGUGCUUUGGCUUUGGUACAGGACGUGCGGCCCAUUGGAGAUUGGAUGCCAGCUAGUGCGGAUGACUUCUUCCCUCUGGUGCAUAAGGAGUACGAAAGACUCAAAGCGGCACAGAAUGACGUGGAGUCGGGAGGUGUGAACUACAAGCGCAGACAAGAAGAGAUGAACGAGCGCUGGCAGAUGGAAAAAUUGAGAUUGGAGUUUGAACGAUUUGAAGCCAACCUAGACGACGGGAUCGAAGCCCAUGACGAGCUAACUCGCAUUUUUUGCACUGCAGCUGAGACGGUACGUGACGCGUUUGAGUCGUCUCUUAUCCGAGUAGAAGAAGAAGUGGAACAGAACCAGAGUGUGGUGGUGAAGAGUGAACCUGGAUUUGGAAUUACUUCAGCUGAAGAUGGUGCUGCAGCCACUAAUAAAAAGCGUCCUCGUGGUAGUACUAAAAAAGUGAAACAGGAACCAGGAGCUGAAGACAAGAGCACGCCGACUCCGACACCUAGUGCCACAACUACACAUACCACAUGUGUGACGACAACAAAGUUUCAACUAUCACCAGAAGCACAAUCACAAGUGGAUGACUUAGAGCAGUUUUUGCAGAAAUUCACCGUCCGCAUGAACUUGCCUGCUCACGACUUGCUGUUAGCAUAUAGUUAAGAACAAGGAUAGUUUCAUCAAUCAGCUUUAACGUUGUAGUAAUUGUAAUAGAGAUGAUUGGGUCUGGGUGAGGUAGGUUGGAUUCUGCUUCUCGUCUUGCGGCAAUCUCUCGUGUUAAUUUGAGUCACAACUUCUAGAACCAUCCACAUGAUUUUGACUUUGAGACUAUAUCUUCUUCAACAUUGCUAACAUUACCGUGUCGCCGAAUACUGCCAUUUCAAGCUCUACCAUCACAUCGACGACGAAGAGAUCCUGAAUGGGGGACCCGGUGUGAAGGAAAAGAAAGCUAUCCAAGACAUGGUCAUCCAUCGAACCAAGACCUUCCUUCUGCGCAUCUUACACAAGGUUGGUCCAAAAAACUCGGUCUUGAGAUCAGGACGAGAUGCGGCGAUUCCUCAAUUACGAGGCGGAAUAACGGGACUGCUGCUAGAAUACUACAUCAUUGAACAAGGCUGCAUUCCUUUGAAUUAGAAGAUUGUUCUUGGCCGUUUUUCUUUGGUAACCUCGUCAACCUCUCUCUUCCUCUAAUCUCUCCCUCCAAGCCCUUGAUUCCGACCGCAGCCGCUUGUUGGGCGCAAUCUUCUGCGACGCAGCCUUCGCCAAAGAUCAACUAUGAUGCAAUUCGUUUCAUUGAACUGCCCUCACCGCUUUGCGACAAGCGACCUUGGCGCCAAGAUAAGUUACCUGAGGGAUUGAUUGCGCAGAUCGGUGCUAAAUUUAAGGGUCAAUUAUAUACUAUUUCAUCUUAAGAGGCAUCUUAUUUGAGGUCCUUGCAAGGGGAAAAUGGUCACAGAUGCUCAAGAUAAUUACAAAGAGUGAGCGUCUAAUGAAUGGAGACCGGUUCUGAAAGUGCCGAAGUUUCAAGACAAGUUCGAUGAAAUCUUCUUGAAAAACGUGCAUCACUCGCAUACACUCCCAACCUUGCUGGGAUCGGACAACUGGCGAAGAUUUUUGAGACAUCGGUUGCCGAGGGUACUUACAAGAACUGAACUGCUUUGUUCGAUUUCUCGCUCAUAACUAGUGGUAGUUUUUUUCGUCUUUUUAGAAAUGCACCAGUCAAUCUAGUACUACGCAUGACAUCUUCAGAGAUGUAGUGUAGUUGAUAAAGAAUUACUGUCCCGACCCACAAAAAACACAGCUGAAAGCGAAAUUCGGCAUGCCACCAAUCAUCGUGGGGGGUAUUCCAGCCUACGGAACCGACAACGUCAGAGGUAUUGGGACGCUGGUAGAGCUAGACAAGGAAAACGAUGACGAUGACGAAGAGCAACUGCCAUUUGAAUUGAAUGGCGGGACCAAAAUCGGCACCUCGAAUAUAUCAGUUGGACAAAUUAUGGAGGAGAGUAGAAGUCUUAUUUUUCUUUUUUUGAUUCAUCAUAGUACUUGAAUGUAGUGCCAAGAACUUCGCGCUCUUGCUCUUGGCUCUUUCGAACAGGUGUAGUAACUAGUAAAGUAAUGUAAGUGUAAGUCGUGAAUGUUGUAUUAUGAAACAAGAUCCGGUCUUCGUCUUCGUCUCCUGCCUAAGAAACAGAAGCUACAGCAGAUCUUUCUACUACUGGAUAAUCUUGAUUUUCCUACUUGUUGCUAGCUCUAAUGCACAUGGACCUGGCUCAACCGAAGAGCGCGAAAUUCCUGAAAACGAGCUUGAUCCUUACGCUGCCGCCGCGGCAGGGACCUCAACCAGUCUGAAACGCCCUAUGUGGAACACUAGUGACAGCGGCAUGGUUAGGAAGAACAAUAGAGGUGUGCCUUUGCCUGUCCCGAUCCAUAUUCCUGGCAUGCCAAGCCCUGACGAUGGAGAAGAGGAGAUCGAAGCUGAGCCAGGCGCUGAAAGAGCUGCAGCUGUGAAUGCAAAAGCGAAAGCAAAAGCGGCUGCGGCAAAGGCAAAAGCCACUGCUGGUGGUAAACUAGCGGUUGGAAAAGCUACGGCAAAAGCUAAGAGUGCUAAAUUUGGUGCGGCCUCUGCUGAGCCAGCUGAAACAGGCUCAUUUGCAGAUCCUCCUAGUAGAAUGAAAGGCGCGAAGGCAAAAGCUGGAGCUUCGAAGGCUUCAGGCGUCGAAGCAGAUGAGAACGACACACAAGGGGCUUCAUCUUCGUCGAGUGCAUCGGGAAUGACCACAGCUUUGGCGACAGUCCCAGAAGGCAACCAUGAGAUUUAUGACAGGUUUGUUCACUAUCACAACCACCCGUGAAUCUGAAUACUUUUUUCUUUUGAGACUUUCCAUCUGCACUUCCACACCCUCACCAUUCCCAUUCGCAUUGCUUCGUUCAUCGUCCCGUCGUAACGGCCAAGCCUAUGCUCAGUUCCUUAGGACUCGUUGGACCGCCAAGAGGAGAGACGGAACGUCCGCGGAAGGUUGGCAUCGAUCAUGAAAAUCGUCGAUACAAGGCACUAGGGCCUUUAGUUCAACCAGAUGGAUGGGAGGAAGACGAGCUCCAAGCUGAAGAGGAACUGCAAGAGCGUGUGGCAGAACUGCAGGAACAAUUAAGGGUAGGUUAAAGGUGCUUUUCUUACCGCUUUUUAUGCCUCUCCUAAGGGAGAAAGGCAUAAAAAGCGGGGUAAGCGAGCACCAAAAACCUACCUCUAAAACAAGGUCUCGAAGUCGCCGCAAAUCUCACGAAAGAGCAACUUUGGAGAGUUCAACGAUGGAGCGACCGAGCGCUGGACUUGACCGACUACGAGGACCAAGCACUGGAUCUUCCGCACAUUGCUGCGCAACCGUCUCUUUAUGGGAACAUUUGAAUGGAGGUCAUGUUUUUUAUCGAUGUAGUUGCUGAUUGCACUGACUGACUGAGACUUUGCCUCUGGCUCUGCCAUUUUCACAGCUCUAAACAGCAGCAAUGUGCGGAAGAUCCAGUGCUUGGUCCUCGUAGUCGGGAGGACCAAGCACUGGAUCUUCCGCACAUUGCUGCGCAGCCGUCUCUUUAUGGGAACAUUUGAAUGGAGGUCAUGUUUUUUAUCGAUGUGGGGGUGUCGAUCUUGGUAUCGCCCGCCAUCUGGUCUCUAGGGUGGUCGAGCAUGACCAUAACAGGGGCACAUACAUACAUUAUCGAUGUAGUUGCUGAUUGCACUGGCUGACUGAGACUUUGCCUCUGCCAUUUUCACAGCUCUAAACAGAAGAACUGAAGACGCAUCCUGCCAUACGUAUGUGCUUGCCGCCAUCAGAGAAACUCCUGGAUACAAAGGUAGUACAGGAUUUGACAGCACUAGUACUUUGGCCAUGUAUUUAUGAGUAUAACUAGUAUGAGGCUAUAGCAGCGAAAAAUUCGUUGCAGCGACGUGAAUGGCCAAAAGCGACUCAUCUUGCUGCAAUUAAUACUACUACUCAUGCAUCUGGGAAACAACUUUUAAGUGCUAUAAUCGUUCUUGUUCUCUUCUAUAGAUGAAGAUUAGGACAAUCGUCUUGAAAUCCUGUCCUCCAUGACCACUACUGUCUCCCACAUCAGACUUCCAUGCCUGCUGCCCUCCCUGAAGAGGGUCAUCCUACAAAACUGGUCUACCGGCAGCUCAGAAACGAUCAGAAGCAUUUCGGUGUGUACGCAAAUCCUAGUGAGCGAGAUUCAGGAUGUCGACCUUUGAAGUUAAGAUUCGGAUUUAUUCACCCACUGAUGCUCACCUGCGCGAAAGUGUGAUUAGCAUUAGCCAUAAAUUCUUCUUACUGUUGUUCCACUAGUUAGUCCGCUUAUUUUCUCUUUCGUUUCUUCUUGCAAUGGUUCGCUCCUCCCCCCGUAGCAGCUACAUCACCCCUUCUUCCACACCUUCUAACUCCCGACCGUCAGCGGAAGAUGGACCGAAAACUCUGGGACCACACCCACAACCUCCAGAAGCGCCGGAAGGAGUCUGGUUGUGCUGCUUUUUCUUGGGUCCCAGGAAAGGAAAUGCUACUACGCGAUGGUCAUCCUAGAGGGUACUGCUGUAUGACCAAACAAUUCGCCGAUUACGAAGGUAAGCGCUGGCCGUGCAACGACUCGCGUUUACCAUUGGCUUUCAUCAUCCACAAGGACGGUUCGCGAAUGGAUAAUCCAGUUUUUCAAGCACAGAUUCGACAACUCAACUUGCAAGAUUUGGAGUGGGACUCCGAGUCCAACAGUCGCACAGUGGACGAUUUCCACUGGCUGGUGGAGUUGAAAUUGACGGUGAGGGAAUACGAAGAACUCUUUGAUGGGGCGGAAGAUGGGAAGAAGGAGAAUGAGGGUCGUAAAGGUCGUAGUUGUAGUGCCCCUGCUAUAGGAGGAGGACAACAAGUCAAAGAACCGGAACUGGUUUCCAAUCGGAGCAAUCAAAACGCCACUUCUGCUGAAGAAGCCAAGAAGAAGAACCUCUUAGAGCGGGAAAUGGCAAAUAUUCACGCGUUUGAAACGGAUUUUGCCAUUGCUAAAGCACUUCAUUCAUCUGCUCUUCAGGACAUCAACAACGCCAGCAAUGAAAAGAACCUGUUCGCUAAACACCUCUUGACAACACUACCAGGCGUUGGGCAGAUUCUCAACGAGCGACUGCGACAUCAUCUCCUUGCUUACUGCUUCACAAACAGCAAUCGCGAUAAAGAGAUGGUCAACCACGCACAGCUUUUUCACGAGGAAAUGCGAGUGAAGAACAAGAAAGAGGAAAAAUUUCCAGACGAUGUCACAUUCGUUGGAGGAGAAGACGACGACGAUCCGGAGAAUAUUAAGGCCGCAGAAGAUCUUCAAGAUCAUUAUCAUAUUUAUACCACCGAGAAGAUCUUCAAGAUCAUCAUCAUAGUAUACCACCGGUCGUGUCACCGCAGAACAAGAUGAAGAUCAUUAUCAUACAGUAUACCACCGGUCGUGUCAGCCUAUUGCUGUCACAGGAAAGUUUAUGUCGUGUUUGUUCAACAAGAUCCACUUGUUGCACCUCUAAUCACUUCCCACCAUUCCAAGAGUUUGGUGAUAUCCUUCGUUGUGAAGAGGGACCUGAACUCGAAGCGGCACGUGCGAUCUACACACUUUGGCGUAACAGACGCAUCGAUGGCAUCUACGGAACUGAUGAGAGCAGUGCGGCUUUGAGGGCUAAAGGUUAUGAUGAUAUUAGGUUUUGACUAGUAAUCAAUGCUUUUUAUGCUUCAUCCAUUGUUCUUGUCAUAAAAAAACAUUGAAACAGCAACUACUAUUCUACUUAGAAAAACCUUGGUUCCAGACCCAUUCUACUCCUCCUCUAACAAUCCGGCAUCCUGACAGAAGUGCAACAAGUCUUUGCGGCUGCGGGAUUGCGCUGGACUUUCUUCGAAGAGCAUUCUGCGCUAGUGAAGAAGGCUAAAGCAAACUCGGCUGCGAUGGGCAAGAAGCCGAGAGGCAUAGGCAAAAGACUAGAAGCGGCAGAGGAGGCAGCGUACAACACGUUAUGAAGUUGAAGAGUUGUAGCCAGCACAUUUAUAUUCAUACAUAAGUACUUCUUAAAAAAGUUGUAAAAGCGUUCUUGAUGUUGUUAGACGAGAACCUCUUUACAACUUCUACUUAUGUAGUUCGCUUUAAUCCUCAAAAAAGCCGGAGGAAUUCCACGCGCUGUGAGUCUUCUUAGCGGACCGAGUCGACCUGCUGAGGUGAGUUUCGUGGACGCGUGUCCCGUACCAGCCCCGCCAGAUCUCACGUUGAUGCCAAAGGGUGCUCAGCAAAAAGCUGAAAAGGAAGCGUUAUGAUCGCCGUUUUGAACUAGUAGAAGUAUGAUGUAGUAGAAGUUUGAUGUGGAAGAUGAGAAGAAGUUUGAGAUGAAGAUAGUAUGUAGAAGUUUGAUGUUCAGAAGAUGCGAUGUAGUAGAAGUUUGAUGUGGAAGAAUCAUGGAUGUGUUGUAUCUUCUAUCUGUAUAAGUACUUCUUCUAGUACUACGAGACCACGGAUCUAUUUCUACGAGGCGUUGUUGUAUUUUUGUUCGACAAUGUAUGUAGGAGGAUCUUCACCGACCUAGUCGUAAUUUUUCUUUUUGCUCGACAAUGUAUGAGGAUCACCGAGUCGUAGUCCACGACUUCUCCUCUAAAUUGACUCCUCAGAGCCGCGGCACGAGAACGUGGAGAGUGGGUAGCACCCACCCUCGACGAGCUCAGUUUCAUGGAUGCUCAUACUAGGACAGCCGCGACAGACGAAGAGCCCGAUGACUCCUGGAAGGACAAAGCCUACAAAUCCGUAUACAUCGAUAUUUCUCCCUUUGUUGGGGAGUGGUAUGCGAAGCGAGCGCUGAAACACGAAGAGAAGAAGCAGGAGAAGGUGGAGACUGACGUUGGAGCGUUAUUCCAGCAGAAAGUCGACUCCUUGUUGAAGCAAAAAAAGGCUUCCUGUGCCACCGCGACGCACCGUAUCGAGAGGAUGUGCAGACGUGUGGGGUUGCUUUUGCCUUUGGUUAUGAGGACUGGCGAUGACUUACUCGAUAUUUAGUAAGCCUAUUGUUACUAGUACAACUAGUAGAGUGUUGAAGAAAGCAUUUGUUUUAGCAAAUUCUCUUAUGUUGUGUAUUCGAGAUAGAGCGCCUCACAUUCUUCAUAAGAUGAAGAACACACAACUCGCUUCUAAUCCAAAUUACGGUGAAUUUGCGCAACGUGUGGAGGGCAACGUGGGUCAGAUGCUAGAAACGAUGGCUCAAACGAUGCUGGAAAGAGGCGCAGCGCAAAGCCUUGCUCUGCCAACUGAGAACGAAAAGGAUCUACAACAGCGUGAACAACAUGAUAACGAGAAUGCAGAAAUGAACGACCCGAAUGAUAGCAUGAACAGGGAACCAAAUUCGGCUUGCUACGCUGAUCGUGCACUAAAGGCAUUGUCGCAUUUUGAAUGGGGUAGGACUCGACGUAGGGAUUGUACCAGCAAAUCCGAAAAAGACGACGUCGAAGAGAAACUCUUGAAGGAGUUACUAGCUAUGGGCAUCAAUCCGGAUGAGAAGGCGAAGGUAGAUGGGGAGCAAGACACUUCUAGUGGUAAAACUGCUGAAGCUGCAGGUGCUGAAGAUAAGAAGGAUGAUGAGCACCAGAAUACAGGUAAGACCACAACUACGUCUGCUGAAGACAACGAGAGGACCACUACUUCCGAACAGCACACCAAGAACACUUCUCCUGAAGACCCCAACAAUGACAACGAUAUGAACAUCGACUUUGACGCUGCUGAGCCACCACCAGUUAACAAGAACGACCAACCUCUUCUAGAACUGGGAGGACAGCUCAUCUGGGAUGCCCUGUUGGCAAAAGAGGAUCUGGGCUGCGCAAUCAAGGGCAUUCAGAAAACGAAAGAUCGCGGAUGGUGGAAUCGCAAUGUGCACUACCUAUUGGAAAACGAAAAGGCGCGUGAGGGCAGACAAGCGGAGGUCGUUGAGUAUGCCAACAAGAGGCGUGAGGAGCUGUUGAAAUUGAAAGUUAUGGAUGCUGAGUUGUAGUUGUUGUUGUAAGUACGUAGUUUGAUCGUACGUUGUACUUUGCAGAUGCGGGGACUCAGCAACAACAUGAUCAAGAAGCUUGCAACAGGAGUAAAGUUUAUUUUAUCACCGGUUCGGGUGUGAAUGACGAUGAUUUGUUUGCUGGAUGUCUACACCCUUGAUCGAGCUUGGUGUUUCUUCGUAAAGUCGUAAACAAGGUCUGAAGAGAGAUAAGGCGUAAUUGCGCCUUGCUUGCUUUCCUGCGACGUUAAAGUAUAUAAUUAAAGGGUUGACGUUAUAUUAUGGGGCAGGUGCGAUCUUUGGGAAGGCUAGUGGUAGUGAACCGGUACCCAUGGUUACCACUAGUAAGGCGGCUUCCCUUAGAUGCGAGCACCCUUCCCCUAAAGCUCCCCGCCAGGAGUACAGUAGGGGUCGGGACGCCAUGGGCAGAAGCAUCCUGAAGAAAAUAAAUAAGUUAAAACUAAAUUAGUGUCUCUUGCUUUGCGUUUCAAACGUCCGCUUCCUUUCGAUAACGAACACGAGUGUGAGGGAAAUGUUUUCUCGAUUCGGAAAGAGAGACGUAAAAACGUAACUCUUAAACAACUGGGUGAUGGGGUCUACAACUUGUUAAAAUGCAUUAUCAAUGGCAAUAUCGUCCUAAUACUCGUUCAUCUUCUCUAUCUCAUCUCUCUAACCCUCCCGAACGCGAGGAGAAAGGCCUGGUCAUCAUGCCCAGACGAAGGAUCAGACGCAAGCGGAAGAAUGCGCACAAGCGUGCCCAAGUCGCUAUCCGUAAAGUCGAACGCGCUGUAGCGAAACAACAAAAGGAUGGUGACAAAGAACGUCAAACGCUGAAGAACCAUGCACAAAGGUUUCUCCAGUUUCGUCGAAAGCGCUUGAAUCAGAUUAAACAGAUCAAGAAGAUAGAAGAACAAAAGUUAGCUCUGAAAGAUGUAGAAGACAAGCAACAAGCGAUAAAGGAUGGCGUUCUUGUAGAGCCAGAGAAGAAUCAAUCGGCUUUGGCAGUGAGGGAUGUAGCUGUUGAGGAUAAGAAGGAGGUAGCACCAGACAAGGAUGUUGUAGAAGUGGUAGAGAACAACAAGGAAGCUGCUGACUCAUCAGGGGGUGGCGGAGAAGGCACAGGAGCACUGACAUUACGGACGACUUCAUCUAUUUGUACUUCAUUUUUCCCUUACCCUUUUUAGAUAAAUACACGUUGGUCGCUGUUCUCGCGAAACUAUGAUACACACUUUCAGACUGAAUAAGCCGAUUUUUGUUCUACACCCAGUCCUCCCUUUACUUCCUCCUCUAAGCGCCCUCGUGAAAUCCGACAACUCCUCCACCGAACUGCUGGCGUCUACUGAAGUUCCGAAACUGCCAGAGUUGAGCCUGCUUGGUCGCGUAACGAACGGCUUGAUUGAUUCUGAUCGACAGAUGGCCUCGAUAAUCGAAAAACGCAACAAGGACAAAAACAGAAGAAUUCGUAUGGCGGGUCAAUCCUAUGCAUGAUUAGCAUUUUUUUCCUGUUACUGUUUCACAGUAGAUUUUAUGUCUGUGCAGGACCGCUGGUGACGCAGACGCUGAUGUCUCUCUCAGAUUCUCAUCUCAUUCAGACUCGUAGUAUGUACCUCAUUUUCCUUCAAAGGAAUUGAAUCAUUCAUCGACCCAUGUGACAUUGGUCCUCCAAAGAGAGAAGUGAAUGGAAUCACUCAUCCACAUCGACUGAAAACAGCCUUCUCCUCUAAGAUUCCCACUGACCCGAAGAAGAGGGAUCCAGUUUUGGCGCUCGAGGAUGAUGCUGUCCGCACCUUAUACGGAACCGAACUAGCUCCUCUGGGUAUGUCAAAGCGCGGCUACGACGCGGCAUUGCGGCACUUGGUUCCUGCCAAGAUGGAAGAAGAGAAAGAAGAACAAGAAACAAGCCAAGAGUUGGUGGAACAUCAGGACUUCAAAGAGCAGUGGCAUCAAAGAGUUGCGCCGCUAGUUUCGAAGAUCCAAAGCGGAGCUAGAGAUAUUAUGGGUCACGCAUUUUAGUAUAUUAGUAUUAGAUUUAAAUGCAUUGGCAUCCAAUCUUCUCCACGUACUUAAUCACAAGUUGUAGAGAAAGCCUGCUUUUAGUAAGCCAUUAUUUAUAGUUCUUGUUCUAAGACAACAAGCCGAAUCGUGCGUCUGUAUCAUAAUCAUCUUACUCUCGCUUUUCAUCCUCUAAGACUCGAAUGCGCCUACAUUAUCCUGAGGAUGUUGAACGUCUACGGCUUUCUCGCCUAGGAUUCAAGAUGCCGCCGAACAAAUCGUCGCUGCUGCGAACGGAAGACGGACUUUUGAUAGAACAAGGUCUCUCCAGACCGUUCGACCCGAUCGAAAAUACUCGGGAUAUCAUGGGUAUUACAAUUUCAUUUAUACGUAGGCUUUUUAUGCCUUAUUCUACCACUUUGGGGGGAAGGUGUGGGGCUGGAGCUUCGCUGCUGCUCGGGAGAGGAAGCGGCGUGCAAGCAGUGUGGGGAACCUCUUCAUCACCGUGAGCGGCUACUGCUUCCGCCGUAUUCAUUGGUGGCCGCCUGGGUCUCUUCUUCGGUCAAGAGCUGCCAUCGCUCCCGCGCGCUUGGCUUUCAAGGUCGACUGUGCGGGCUGUGUCGCCUUUCAUUGGUCUCAGUCAUUGCCGGCAGAAGAAGCCGCAGGAAAGGAAAAGGCAGAGCAGACCCCCAUCUCCAAAAGACGCCGCGCAGGCGCUAGCGCUGCCACUACUUCAAGGGCAUUGCCCUCAAGUGCACCAGAGCACGAAGCGGCCGGUGGGGGGGCCAGGUUAAGGUCGAGAUCACCGUCCAUAGCGACCUACGGGAAAACGCACGGGAGGGCGUGCCCUACCCGCCGCAUCAGUUUCCCCGACCCUCCCGCCCCUGCCUCCUUGGCCUCUUGUGGGCUCUCCAGUGCUCUCCCGGCAGCCACGGGCCCCCCUGGUUACCUUUGUAGAGAGACCAGUAGGGACCCAACAGGAGGCAGGGGCGGGCGGGCAAGCUGACGGGGGUGGAAAACAACCCCCCAUGUAGGCCGCUAUAGGGAGCGACCUCGGCCCUACGGGGGGCCAGGCUCUUGAGCGGGCGCGGGGGGUGAGCGGUCGGGAGCGGCAGCACCCACGCCGAAACGCAACGGGCUGGCGCGCUCUUGGCGGUGUGGGCUGAUGAUCUGGCGCGCUUUCUGAGAUGCCGCCCUUACUGGGUUAGUUGCCAGACUCAUGCCCUGGCGCUCUUGGAGACGUUGGGCGCGGCGGGCAGGCCACACCAGUCGCGGCACGCUACGAGAGGCGCCCCUCGUACUUGCUCUGACGGACGGACCGACCAGCAGCCUGGCUAGGGAGAGCCCGGUGAGCUUCUGGCCUUAGUUAGAUAGCCGGCUGCCCUUUUUGUUCUUGUUGGCAGGUGAUAGGCGUUGGGCUAGAAUGGCUUGGGUGGGGGCCUGGCUGCCGGCUCUUUAUCUUUCAGCGAUGACAACCAGAAAGGCCCAGGCGGUCGGGGGUGAGUGGUCGAAUGUGGAGAAGAGUGAGCGCGAAGCCCAUAGCGAUCGCAAAGGCAAAAGCAUGAAGGUGGCGGCGUCGCUUCUCGGGGUUUGUCAUUACUGGAAGGGCUGCCACCUGGUGAAAUCGUAGAGGGGGACCGACUUCGGAAGAUGUGCGCUACCGUCAAGAGCAAGACCAAGACGCCAGCAGAACUGGGCAGCUGUAUAGAAUGGCAGCAGGGAACGCCUCGAAAGUGCGGCGAACGCAAGCCGGCCACCGUGGCCCCCGGCGAAUUUAAUCCAAGAAACUGGAAGGGCCGCCUUCCCCGCCAGAUCAAUAAUUGACAAGACCCAGAGGCGAGAGGGCUGCACGAUGAAGGGAGGGCCAGCGAACGCACGCGGGCCCAGCCUGGCGCUUUUUGUUUUUCCAGGUGGUCUUUUACGCGAGAGAAGGCGAGCCGGAUGCUCCCGCGGAGUUACAGGCUCUGGGCAAAUUUCAAGUGGCCAAGAAUCAGACUACGUUGGUCGACCCGCCAAAUUUUUGGUUUGAUGAUGCUGACGCCGCCGGUAGUUGACAGGUGGCAUGAGCUGGCAGAAUGGUACGCAGCUGCCUCGCUGCCUCGACUGAACAGGAACAAGGGGCGCGCGGUCGUGUCUCUGGGUGUGGACUGGAGCGGACAGGGGCGGGCGGGCUGUGCGCGUGGAUCUUUAUCGCUGGAAAAUCUACAAGCUUGGCUAUCUGGCUGCUGCAAAACUUUCGCGCCGGGGCGGAGUCGGGAAAGGAAAAACUGGCGGGGCUGGAGCCCAGCGGCAACAGUUGACGCGACAGCUUCGCGCAGGCGGGUCCGCUGUGACAGGGUGCGCGCCUUUUUUUCAAACUAUUAAGGAAGGAACAGGGAGGGGGGCCGCGGGUUUCCUCGCUCGGGGUUUUCGGUGUUUUUCAUGACUGAGCCUGAAGCGUGGCGCGCGGCCACGCGCCUGCACUUAUUUGCUUCGGCUGUAUCAACUUCGCUGGGGAGCUUCGUAGUACUCCUCACGUACACAUCGUGACAAACAAACUCAAGCAAAACAAAGAGAAGCAAUCUCCAAUCAACCCAAUGCCCAGGCGAUUUCAACUUGUUCAAAGCAGACGAGAGGCGCGUCGACAUCGCCGCACCACUUUCGAAUAUUCACUCGGUGAGAUGGCGCCAAUCUAAGAUGAACCCUGGCCCGAUCCAACUCGUCACUGCUUGGGCUACGCAGCAAAGACUUCGUUUUCUCGCUUCCGGAAAGCAGGCAGAUCCUCAAUUUUAUGCUUCAAAAGAUUUUGGAUUUCGAGCAUGAAAUAGCUAGACUUUUUGCUGUUGUACUUACAGCUACAAAAAUUAGUAGCAAUUUACCAACACGAACACCACCAUCGAAGAACUACUAGAAGGAAAGCAAUGAAUUGAUACGGGUUUUUUUAUCCCAGCAAGCAGAAGAGUGCUACAUCCGUCCCUAGCAGAAUCCUAUUGCUAUUCAUUGCUAUCGCGAUCCCGAUUGCAUACGCGUAGCCCAAGACCAUUUUUUGUCUCUAAGAAAAAGAAGAAGCAGAGAAGCAGUUUCGCAUCGCAAACCGUCUUGGCCUGAAGCACGCGUACGCCAGCACCUUCGUAGAGCCACAGACAAUGUCCAUGAUGCUCGAAGAUGCUCCGAGAACUACUGAGUCUGCACCUGCAACCACAUCUUCUGCUUCUGGGGAAAAACAAUCUGAAUCGCAAGAACUUGACAAGAAAAGUGAAGAACAACUGGUGACAAUGGAUAAGACGAACAAAAUUAGUGAUGAGCCCGUAGUUGAUAACGACGGUGAUGAAGAUGACGACGAACGACCGGGAAGUGGUCCUGACGGCACAGUAACCAAGUACAAAUUAAGGCUUUUUACCCUAAUCCAUCUCAGGAAGCAUCCUUCUAGCGAGGCUUUUUAAGGGGAGAAGGGUCCUGGGAUGAAUCUCAAGAUGAAUACGGGUGAGCUCUAAACAAACGAGGACGAAGGCGACCGAAGUAUGUCCCACCACCUAUAAAAGAUAAAUCAUUGAGGGGCAGACCUUUGCUGCUCCAGCGUUCGGUUCAGACCUUGAUGCCCACGCUCUAUCGUCCAAAGAAGCGUAUUCUGGGACUAGGUGGAACGCGCAACUUGAUGGAAGACCAGUAUGGACACGCACGGCGAAUAGGAAUUACGGAUUGAUGAUGUUUUGAUCAGAUUUUGACUGGCAAGAUUUGUCUUGAUAGAAUGAUGUAGUCACUCGUCUUCAAAAGAGCCUUUUCCUCAAUCUUGUUGUGACUUAAUUCCUUCUAGAUCGCUUCAGUCUCGUCCUUUACUACAUCGCGUAUAAAGUCUACCCCUCUAAAAAAGAAAAGAAGAAUGAAAAGCAGCUGACUGAGAAGCAAAUCGUGAAAGUGCAGAAGAAGGAAAAGAAAGAGCUGAAGAUGAUGCUCAAGAGGUUAUGGCGCAGAGUGUGUCACAUUAUUUAUUUUGAGGUUUGCUACAACUAGUACUACCGAUUACUCUUACUUACUUGGGAGUAUCUAUUAGUACUCCAGAUGACAGGACUCACUAAAAAUACUGGAUAUUAUAUGGAACGUAAAAACCUACUCACACUCUCAACCACUAGAUUUUGUGAGACGUAUUCGUAUUAGGUUCAGGGCAGCUGAAACUAGCUAGUUAACUAGAUAGUUUAAAGGCCAGGUAAGUCGAGCCAAGUCGCGAGUCUCAUGGACUGGAGGGCCAAGUGGAGAUCUGAGUAGGUCCUAUCCAGCUGCUCAGGUCUCCAGUUGGCCCUCCAUGAGACUCGCGACUUGGCUCGACUUACCUGCCCUUUAAACUAUCUAGUUAACUAGCUAGCUUCAGCUGCCCUGGGCUUAAUAUGUCUCAAAAAAUUUAGUUGUUUAGAGUGUGAGUAGGUUUUACGUUCCAUAUAUUAAUACAAGCGCUUUUGGUUUUACUUUGAUUUUAUCCAUCAAUGAAACUUAUGUCUUACGACUCCUUGCCUCCUACACUUACAACUUCUUCGAGGAUCUCUAAGAACCGAGCCUGCUGCGAAAGAGGCAUUGGCCUUAAAGGAUAGGGUAGGCUUCACGACUCUCCACAAGAUGCCGCGAGGGUGCUUCUUCCACAUCGCUGCCGAGCCUAAGGACUGUGGCGGCCCGCAGUCUAAGGAGAAAGGUGCUAUUGACGUCAUUAAGGCUCGAAGAUACAUUAAAAUUUCCAAGAAGGAUGACUUUCAUUCUUCGGUUUCCUUCUUCUAGGAUAAUUCUGAAGAAAAGAAGGCAAGAAUGAAAUGGACCGACUGUUUUGAGCGCUAACGCCCUUCCCUAUCGACGACCGGAUCAGGAAAACAGGUACAUGAUUCGUCGCAUUCGCGGCAAAAAGGUUAAGACUGCGUAUACGAGAGCGCAAAAGGCUUUGCAUUUAUGGCUUGAAAGUAGAUGGGGUCGUGAAGUGAUUGUUGAAAAUGAAUGUAGAGUGCUUGUGCAUGUGCUCCUCGUCCUCCUCCUGUUCCUGGAAGCACCAGCACCAGAUGAGCAUGGUGUAUUAUUUCCAUAGGUUCUUGAAUUCCUACUAACUUAAUAUCCACGUGCAGCACCUCAUCUAACCAAUUACCAAGUCAAGAAAGCUAAACUGGAUCAACUUCGACAAGGUACUUUGGCUUUGGGCAAUCGUCAGGAUGAUCCUCUGGCUCUAGAGAAUCGAGAUACUACAGCUCUAGGACCAAAAGCACUUGAAGACAAGCUGGCUCUGGCCGACAAAGCGAAGCAACUGGCUCUACUUGACAAGUCCGAUAAGGCUGCUUUGGCUACAGGGGAGCACAAGAAACCUUCUUCGGCAACAUCCUCGCAUAACUUGGCUCUCUUGCCUUUAGGCAGUGCAUCUUCGUCUUCAUCUUCAGCCGGAGGUGAUAACACGUCAUUGGUUCCUGUGGGUGCCACGUCUCCUACGUCAGCAGCCUCAAAGGAUUCGGAAGGCUCUUCGGGGGAUGACAAAGAGAAUGAUGAGCUUACAUUGAGACCAGCGCUGGGAGCGAAUGUGCUGAUGACUCAAAAACAGCGAAACCGAAAAAAGAAGCAAAUGCAGGACUUGUUAUGGAGAGAAGUGUGGUGCUAGUUGAACUUAGUACAACUCUUACAUCGAUACCUAUUCCUGAGAAGAUCGUAUUGAUUUUCUAUCCAGGAAUGCGCUCUUCCUCUUCGUGAUUGCACCUCUUCUAAAAACCCUCCACACCCUGCACCCAACCGGUCUUGGACGUCGGGUUGGGCGUGUGAAUGGCACCAAGAAACUGCGAUCCGUCGAUCCCGACUUCGACACGCUUUCCCUCGUGUGUUUUGACGGUGUUCCUCGUGACGAGGAUGGAGCUAUCAUCGAGCGCUUUGAUCUCUUCGUUCCGCAAUGCUUGACCCGAUUGCGGUACUUGCUUAACGUGGCCUUGUGGCUGAAAGUCGAGUGUCUGCGGUUAGAACAGAUGCGUAAGGAAGCGAGCUUCGAUCAAGAGCAACGUAUCAAACGACGCGCGAAAAACAAGGAAGUUGAAAAGACUAGAAAGAAAAUGCAGGAGGAGGAACGCAGUGAGCAUCUGUAUCAAACGGCACUGUGGAACGUGAUGACGAUGCGAAUGGAAGGUGAGGGAGUAGUUGGGGAGAACAAGAUCAGGUAGAAGUUCAUCUUCAUCUUAGGUACUUUCUUAGGGUGUUUUUUUUGGUAGAGGCUGUGGCUGGCGAUGUAGUGGACAACUUCGAGGUCGUGCAACAAGUUUCAUCGAAGCAAGUUGUAUCUCUAGGCCUUUGUUCAUUGCGUCUUCGACGACGCAAAAUUUUAUCCACACAACCACCCCACAGCCUCGAUUGCGCUCCUCCCGAACUCGUUGGCGAAACACGCUUGACCAACAAAGCCUUGGACCGUGCAUGCGAGAUUUCUGAGGAUUCUCUCCACACCAUGAUCCCUUCGUUGGAUAUCGAUACUUCCUUCGCAAACCGAGUCCGAAACCGUAGGGAAUUCGCGUUAGACCGAGAAAAGUGGAUCGAAAAACGCACUGAGUUGGACCCCUUUUUGGAGCAAAGGAUGGAAACGAUGGCCGAUCCAGAAAAGGUGAAACACGCGACAACACCAAGAGUGCCGUACAAACCGCAUAGUGCGACUGCUUAUGGCUUUCUUUGUUUGUGCAUUAUUGUUGUAGGCUCUCUGAUUGCGUAGAGGUACAUCAGCUGAAAAUCUUGUUGAGCAUAUUGUGACCAGAGCUGAGCAGCUGCAGCUCUUGUGCCCAAUAUACCAUGACCUCUAAUCCUACGCAAAACACAAAGCCUACAUGGACCGCAAAAGAGAAAAUCAGGCAUUGGAGCGUGCUAAAGCUGAGGCUGAGGCUGCGGAGAAGGCUAAAGCUGAAGGACGAAUGGAUCUAAUUGAUGAACUAGCUGGAUCUGAAUCUUCUGCUUCUGAUACUGGCGGUCCAGCUAAAAAGAAGCAGAAGGUAGAUCAUGAAGUGAAGAAGGAGCAAGAUGCGUCAUCAAGUACAACUCCAUCCGCAAAGAAGAAAGGGAAAGGAAAAGCUUCAUCAUCGAGCGGAAAGGAAGCCGAAAAAGUACUUGCUGGUGCUUCGAUGAGUGCACAGAAGCAUGGAUUGAAGGUGAAGUUUGCAGUCAACAACAAGGAUGCAGCUGGUUCUCAAGAUGACGAUAACGGGGAUGUUGAUGGAGACGACGACGAGGGAGAGGGUGGCAAGAAGAAGAAGAACAAGAAGGACAGCGGUAAAGAUGAGGCAGACGGGAAGAAGCGCACAAAGAACAAGAGAAGUUUCAUCGCUCCAACUGCACAGCUCAGAUUAAGGCUUGCCUGCCAAGUCCAUAUUGAUGUGAAGGGGCAUCCGUCUUUGGCCUUGUUGACGUCCUUGUUGCAAGCGUAAUUGUAAAUCAUGGUCGAAGAUGCGCUCGUUCUUUCAAGAUGGAUGAACAUGCAUGAGCAAGGUUUUCUAAUCAGAGCACACGACUUUCUUCCUGGUGUCCGGAAGAGGCCUAGUGUUGACGAAAUCACUCCUCAUCCUGAGAUUCCGUUCUUCACGAUCGCUGAGAUCGCAGAAGAGGAAAAAGAAAAUCAAAAUUAGGGCUUCGUUUAAUCGUAAUCCAUCUGCACAACUAAAUGGAGAAGCAUCCUGAUCCUGAAGAGGCUAUAAUUGCUUUUCAAGGGAAAUAUACUUCUCCUGAAAUGGUCACUUAGGGGUACAGCAUGUUUCUCGCGAUCGAUGGAUUACUGUAGCUGUAGUUUUUAGCCGUCUAAGAAGACAAGAAACCUGCUGCAAAGGCAAAGGCUGGCGCUGUCAAGAAAGAACCAGGCUCCUCUGCUCCCUCAUCAUCGGCUAAUUCGACACCGAUGAAAGUGUCUGCUUCAUCACCAUCAGAUUCUGAAGAUGGAACAAAUAAGAACAAGAGUUCUGUUAGUAGUACAACUGCAGCUAUGAAAAAAGCUGCAACUGCUCGUGCUAAAGCCAAGGUCACGACCGCGAAGCAAGAACCACAGGAUUCAGAUGCUGGGCAAGUUUCUUCUGCUGCAAGAAGUACAACAAAUAAUAGUACUGGUAAAAAAGAAGAACCUCCAAAGAGCAUUCUGAAAGUGAAGCAGGAACCUGGUGCAGACGAAAAAGUCGACUAUUUCCAAGAAGAUUUUGAUCCGGAGACAGGUGAAGUGAAACAACAGUUACCUCCACAUCUACUACGAUCACGCAAGGAGGUUUUGACCAAGUUGCUUAAGCCGAGAGCCCCUCUGUCGCAGCGUGUCGAAUUUGUUGGCGAAUAUAACAGCUUAUGGAGAUGGAAGGAGGGCAGUAGAUCAAGUGUUCCGUCUCAGCACAUGCACAAAGAUAUUCUGACUACUGCAACAUCUACUUCUUGUUCUUCAACAAGAACUUCAAAUGCGCUUCUUAUCGCUCUCCCACUCGUACUACUCUUCUAUCACAUCUCCACUCUAAUACCCAGCUUUGUCCCCGGCGAAUCCAAGCCUGGUGGCGUGCGCAAGGUAAGCCGAGGAUGGUGGCACAGUGCUAAGAACCGCACUCGUCUGCGUGAGUGGCGUCGUAAUGUGAUUACAGGAGAUAGGUGGCGACGUAGCAGUGACGAAGAGUCCGCCUACGAAGAAGCCGUGCUGAACAGCAAGGGCAUUUCCUUGGGUUUUGCGGUCAAUGGAGAUUGCUUUUAUGAUGAUGAUGAUGAAGAUAUUGUUAUUGUAGAAUUAGGAAUUUUUUGGCCCGUCACGGGUCGAGUUUCUUGGGUUGCUCGGGUUGCUCGAGUUGCUCACCGUAAUUUUUUGCGCGGCGCCCUUCGGGCGCAGCUUUAUGAGGCUCCGAGAUACCUUAGCAGGAGCGUACGACACUCGACGCCAUGCCUCCGAUCCCUGGUUUUCUUCUUAAUGCGCACCAGAGACGAGAGUGAGUAACCACCUUCAGCUCGGGAACCCCUCCCAGCCACUUGAUCAAACACGCAAGGCAUCCGCCGCGUGCUCUAGUCUACUUACUUCGUCCUAGGCUGAGUGGGCCGCUCUCCAGAGCAGACGGGAACUCACUGCCACUCCCAGCCCCAAAAGGGACUCAUUGGCCGCGCACACAUCCGAAGAAAAAAGGGAGAGAUUGGCACCGACCCAACGACAAGCCACAGCGACACUCUCCUCCCUCAAACAAAAACCACAACGAGGCGAAGCCGUCGGCCCCUCAAUGCCGGCGCUUCAAACGCGCGCCCACACGCUACAAGAGAAAAAGCCGGGGGGGCUCGCUGGGGAGCCCUUCGCAACCGAUUGCCCCCUUCGUGAGAGAGCAACAACAAAAGCAGCCACUUCGUCACUCCACGCAGCCAAAACCGUGGCCAUACCGCCCCGCUGCGCCGCAUUCCGGUGAAGCGGAUAUCUUGCGGCAACUCGUGGCAACUCGUUCCAGAAUUGAAACCCUUCGCUUCGGCAACUCGAGCAACUCGUUGCAACUCGAGUAACUCGAAACCCGAUAUUUUACUUACUCUAUUAUUGGUUUUUUCUUUUAUUUUACUAGCAGGGACAGGCCCACUAGUCAUCGCUAGUCCCGUUAUUGACUUUGACGUCUUCAUUGUGGUCCAUAAGAUUCAUCCUACAGCCCAAUCGAUCCACAAUGAUCAAGAACUACAACUAUGUUUUCUUCUAAUCCAAAGAGCCCAUGCCCGAUCCAGACCAUGGAACCGUCCCCCAGAACCGUCCAAAGCGCAAGAAGAAGCUGAAGCACGAGCGACGUGCCAAACGCAAAAUUUUACUCGACGUUUUGGCUCGAAAAAUCACUGUCGCUAAAGCGAAGGACCGCUACCGGUGCUGGCGAGCAGCCUUGGAGCGGCGUAGGAAGCGCCCUUGUUACUUGCCGGUUGAACCGCCCAGUGACUCCGAACAAGAAGGUGGCGGAAAAGCCGCCAUAGAAGCAGCGAAAUGCGAAGCUAGACUGCGAGUUUUGCGAGUUCUGAAAAGGAAGCAAAACUCCAAAAUGUCAGAGGAGAAGAGAGCGAAGAUCGUUGCGAAGAGAGCGGAGAAGAUUGAAGAAAUGGAAAUGUUAUGGCUUAGGCUGAAAAUAUCUUUGUAGGUCUAUCGUGGUCAGUAGAUCGUGUUGAAGACUUCGACGAGCAGGACCGGCGUAGCGCCUGACAUCCCCAGCACCUGCUCUUUCUUCCCUCGAAAAAUAUUUAUUAACACCUCAAAUAAAUCUUCUAAGAACAAGAUUGAAAGGGCACCUCGAGGCAAUCCCGAAGAAGAACGAGGAUGUUUAUCAGAGGAUUGAGGAGGCCAGGACACGCAGAGAGCUCGGCUACGAGCCAGAGGAUGUGCCUGUUAUGAGGGAAACAAGGAUAUUUUUUUUCAGAAUCUGCGUCGUGCCUCUGCCAAUCAAAGCCUCCUCGCAGUAGGGGACGUUGUUGCUUGAUGUUCUUGCCUGCAGUUUCUCUUUUUACUCUGGUCUCUUACUCAUACUCUGGUCACUCGCGACACAGAACUCAUAUUUUUCUAUUCAUAAGAUAGAACUCCCCUUAAUAAACUACAAAUGAAUCGAAACGGCUGAUUCUCUUGAUCAUGAAAAAUCUUUGAUCGUCUCCAUGAUGGGAUCUUCUAACCCCAAAGUGAAACGCCGUGGUCGAAAGCGCAGCACUGUUCUCACUGCUGUUGGCAAUGCAAUGAUCCCUGGUGGAAUUCCAUUGGACGCCGUUCCCAAGAACAAGAGGGGCAGGAGUGCGGCAGUCAAAGCUAAAGCCUUAGCUAAAGCUGCUGCUGACAGGGCAGCAAAAGCCGCUGCAGCGGCGGCUCGUGGUGAGCCAGCUCCGGCUAGUAGUGCGAGGGCCUCCGCUAGUCCUAGUCCGGAAGAAAGUUGUGCUUCUAGUCCAGAUGAAAAGCCAAAAGCGAAGGCUAAAGCGAAAGCCAAGGGCAAAGCUGAUGCCAAGGCUGCUGCUAAGGGUUCUAGCUCAAAGGAUAAAGAUGCAUCACAGGGAGACAAUGAUGAGGACGAGGAGGAGACGAAGGUACUCAUCUACAAAUGGCGUCAUCCGAAACUUGCUGAGUUGGAUGGCAGACAUCAUACCGAAAUCGAUGAUGCAACGCAACUACCGCAGCAUACCGUGAUCACGAAUGACAAUGUACUUUUUCUAUUAGUGUAGAGGAGCUAAAAAUCUGUUUAUCCUCUCAAAGUAACUACUGAUUAUGUGCCUCUAUUCUACUAAACAACGAACUCGAACGCAAAUGCUUGUUCUUGUAACGCAACACGUUAUGAAAUACCGCAUCUCACUCCCAGGUUCACGGAAGGCGACGCUUUGGUAAACGCUAUGGCAAACCGAUCCACCGAAACCUCAACGACCCUGUAGAUUGGAUGGACGUGCACCUACCUUUCAGCUACCGUAAUCGUCGUGUCCCGCUUGUGCGUCGUAGGAUGGAAACUCUGUUGAUGGAAGAGGACGCUGACUACAACGAUUACAUGGAUGACGAGGUCAAGCUCUUCAACGCCUUGAAAAAAAAGAUAGAGAAGGACAGAGCAGCAGCGGAAGCAGACAAGGAGAAGGAAAAAGGUGGAAAAGAACAAUCUUCACAGAGCAACGGAGAAGACGUGACUAUGGAAGACGCAGAGAAGCGAUCAGGAGACGCUAACACGAGCACAACCACCAAUAAAACUGACGACGGAAGCAAAGUGGUCAUAAAAGAAAAAGAACGUCUUGAUACUAGUACAGCGCUGAAACAGGGGAACCCCCUCUUUGGAUGGAUAGAUGAUGGUUUGGAUAUGUCGUACCCUUCUGCCUUGCCUGACACAGUGAAAACCGCGGAAGAGGCUUCUGCACGUCUCUUAAUGAAGCAUUGUCCAACAAAACUUCUCCACGAAAAACGCACUACAAGUAGAAGUACUAGUACUACGGCUGGAACAACUCCGAGUACAACUAGUGCAGAAGGUACUUCAGCUUGUUCAGGAGGUUCAGACAACAUUAAUUCUUUGGCUUUUAUGGAGUCAAAAGUGCUGGCUCUGAAUAACGAAGUCGACCGCUUACGCCGUAUCUCGGAUCUGGACAAACGCGUGGACGAGGUGCAAAAACUGGUAGACGACAAGUGGAACGACCCGUUUUUCGAAACGUUCUUGAGUCUUAUGGCUUUUUUUCUUGAAGACUAUGCAUCUCAAACUAUUUUGUAUCUCAAGAACAUGUCCUCCGCCUUGAUGGACGAGUCAUCUUUCUCGUAAGGUCAGCCGAAGCCCCAAGAAUCUGUUUCUAUUUCGUCUUGCCGGUGAUUGGAUAUGAUCACUUGAGGCGCAAUGAAUGAAUGUCCUCCUUCUUGCUCUCCUGCUACUUCUUCUAACCGCAGCCGCGACAAAUACCUCGAUGGUUGUGAUGGUCCCUUAGGCUUCCUUCGAUUUGCAGUCGGUCACGAAUUGACUCUGGCCAUGCGAUUCAAGCGGACUAGGGUUCCGCCUCUACGGUUUGGACGUGGUGCUCGUCGAUUCCGUGGAUGGAACGAAGACAUUAAUGGAGAUGGGCCUCUUAUCAAAGGAAAACGACGUGGCUGGCGACCGAAAGCACCUAUUCUUAUGGCUUGUUGCGCUAAAAUGUACUAUGAACGACCUUCCCUCAACAAGCAACCCACCGUAUAGAUACAAUCAAGGGUUAAAUAUCCCAAUAGUAGUGAUCCGGAUCCCUCAACCUUAUAGGCUAUACGAUAGAGUAUCAUCCAACAAGAUAGAGUGAGGUUAAUAUACAUAAAGAGGGCUUACUCUUGAGGGACCCUCAGUAGCCUCUCAGGUUGUAUCAUGAACAACCAAGGUGGGACAAAGCCCUUCUAAUUUUCCAGGUAGAGGAUUCGAUGGAGAACAUGAAGCUUUGGUGUCUGUCGAGCUUAUGCAGGAGAUGGCAGAAAAGAAGCAAGCGGCUAAAGAACGGAAAGCUGCGAACGCUGCCGCUAGAAUGAAAGCCAUCAUGGAAGAGAGGGAGAAUUAUGACAAGAACGCUAUCUUCGUUCUUUAGGUUUAGUAAGCGCCGUUUGCGUUUGUGUUUCUGUAGUUUUCCGAUUCUCAGUCUGACUGUGAAAAUUGUUCCUCAAUAAUUGUUCAUUGACGUUUACUUAUCGGAUGUCGAUGUCGUGACUCUCUCAAUGUCAACAAUCCUCUUCACCCAUCCCUCUCUUCCUCUAAACUCGAGAAGAAGCGGCAUUACGUGAAAUGCUAGAACGGCAAGAGAAAUUUCCGUACAAAUACAAGAACCCGCAGCAAGCCAAGGGAGGCGCCCAAGCAGCUUACUACCAAAAUGCUUACUAUUAAGGCAACAAUAAAAAAUACGAAGAAAGCAUCCUCUUUCCUCCAUAUGAAUAUCAUCCGACCGUGGUGGGGUCUUUUUCAAAAACGGAAUUUUCAAAACAGGUGUCGGUCCAAGAAGGAGAUUAUUUAUCUCAAGGAGGAUGCAAAGCUCUAAUACUACGCGAACAAGGGUUACCCGGGAGGAACGCCAGGAGCUUCUUCAGCGUCGUCCGGAGGUAAAGGCGGAAAGGGUGGGAAAUGAAGCAAGGUUAACAGGUAGUUCUUUCGCAGGAGCACAAAGAUUUAAUAUCUAUCUCGUCUGAUCAUGUUUCGUCUUGCUGAUGGUAGCUAGUGACCAUCUAAGACGCAAUGAUGAUGAUGAUGAUGUUAAAUUUAUUUCGAAGAAAAAUAUACCAGACUAUCCGAGGAUUCAAGAAUGGUUUGUGAGUUGGAGGAUGGCAUUGCCUGUCGCGUCAUUGGUUUGGAUGUUGUGAUACUUUGAGUUUCAAUUUUCGCCAUACUGAUAUUUUUUUGGUGACAAAGAGGAACUCUGCUUAGAACUAAGUAUGAUGCGCUUAGAAACCGCACAGACAAUUACAUCUAACAUCAUCCUACUAGUACCACAUCAAGCAUAGUCCAACACAAGGAAGUUCAGAAAGUGAGAAUGGGACUUGCAGAUGUGAUAUAACUAUUGCUGGAGCUUUACCUACAUAGAACGGAAAAGAGCAUGAUAUUUAUCAGAAGUGUCUCCAUGAGGUCAUGUUGGUUGUAUACGAGUACCGUCGGUUUGUGAACGCUAGGACUGCUUAUUUUCACCCUCAAGGUGGUGCGUUUUCUAUAUAAUUCCCGGCCUGUUUCAGUUGUGCAAAUCGUGAAGGUUUUGCAUGAUUCUCAUGCGGUUGCAAAGUUGUCAAAUGUGUGGGCCUUCUUUUUCAUAAGUAACGCGAUAAGAAUCCACAUCAUUGGCAUGGUAUUCCAGUGCUGUGAUCUUUGUCACUAUGGGGCAAUGAUUUCCAUCACGUUCAUGCCGAUGAUCUUCAUACUCAUACGACUAGGGUCAUCAUCUUCGUCCUCUUCUUAUUCUUUUAACAUUUGCGGAACGGGGGAACUGGAUCGCCGUCGAUAUAAUCAGCUUCACAAUUUCGGACUUGGGUAUGACUAUGAAGAAGACUGUAUUCAUUCCAUAUUCGAUUUAGACUGUGUGUGAUGUUGAUGAAAGUAGCACUACCAAGAAGUGCUCGUCGAACAAACGCUAUUUGUGAGAUACGACGUAAGCGGAGCAAGGCAAUGGAAAUGGAUGGCUUCGAUUUUAUUUACAAUUUAGUUAGAUUAUUUACAUAGAAUUUAUUACUAUUAGAAGCACGUCAUACGACAAAAUUACUCUCACGAUAUGACUAAAACCCGAAGUCCUAGUAAUUCGAAGGUCUGCGACUGGAAAUCCACUAGUGCUCCAACAAAACGUGUUUGUGAGAUAAGACAGACUGACUCAUUAAUCCCUUGGCAGAGGCAGUCAUUUUUUUCACUACAAUCAAACCAUACAUUUUCACCACAAUUACUUAGAUCAUACUAACUUACUCCAAGAACAGGGUUAGCAGUUGAUCUUACCUAUUUCAAGUACCAAAGACGUGCAGCGUCAAGCGAUGGAAAUCGAAAUGGAUUUAGUGGGAAACAAGGAUAUUUUUUUGCAGAGUCUGAAUGAGAAUCUGCGUCGUGCCUCUGCCAAAGCCUCGUCGCAGUAGCUGUAAAUGCAAAGUAAGCCUCAGCGCUUCUACUAAUACUAUCUCUAUCUAAUUAGAUUUAGAAGAGCUCUAACUAAUCAUCUCGUCAAGCUCUUCUAUUUUUUAGUUUUUCAGGAAUUAAGAAGUUCGUCGUCGAAUGAUACUAUCUAAGUAGCAUAAAUAUGAUUACAAAGUAACGAUGCAGCACGACGACUUUAUUCCACCUUAUGUUUUUUUGCCCAUGACACAGACAUGGUUAGCAUAGCGAUAGCGUCCGAGAUCACAAAAACGUACAUCACUACAAGUUUUCGUAGCAAACAUGAGGAAUAGUCGAGUAUACUACAUGGAUCUAAUUAAAAAGUAGCAGUUUUUUAGGGAAUACCCACGGUCGGACAUGAAUCUCCUUGUCCAGGACAUAAUAUUCGGCAUAUGUUCAUUCCGGACAAGAUUAUUAGAUUUUUUUUAGAGGUACGAUAAGCAGAAGAUAGAACAAAGCGUCUAGUCUUUCAUACAACAUCACUAGUACUAGUACAUUAAAAGUAGAACACUUUACCUUUUCAUUGUCAAGCAGUAGUAGUCAAUCUUUUCAAAACAAAUUUUUGCCGCCAUUUUUCACAACAUUAAUAGUCAAUUUACAACAUAUUGACAAUAUGAUAUUGGUUUCAUCGGAAUCUGAAAGUAGUAGAAUUAAUGGAUGUUGUAAUAACAUCAACAUGAUGAACAAGUAAUUGUACAAUUAUCUGCAACAGAGAAAAAGUGGUAGUUUUUGCGAGGACGACAUGAGCAUGUGUAAGUAAAACUAAAAGAUAUUCCCAGAAUUUUUAGAAGACAACGACACUAGCCUUAAAAGGUAAACAUCAAAGGUGUUGCAUUGGCUUCAACCAAGUUGUGUAAGACCUAUGUGUGAGUCUAAAAACCUGAUCAUACGGAUUCGCGUCGACGACAGAAUUGAAUAGAAUUGAGAUCCGGGCGUUCCCGUUGAACGACAUAAAACUUGAAGUCGGAGUCUGCGGAGCAAGGUGGGCUGGAAGCUAGUAAAGCUGCGCAUGACGGAACGCGGAAGAAACCGCAUCAAAAUCUGCUUCUUUAUUCGGUUGGCGAUCUGUGUGGUGCGAACUGUCAACCUUGACUAGAAAUGAGAAUGACCGCUCAGAUAGUAC